AAGAGAAGGAUUCUAGAUCUAUCGGGGUGCGGCGAGAGGGUGGGGAGUGGGUUUAAGAGCUUCUGGCCUACAUGUAGGGUGGGGGUGGGGGCCUCUGAGUAGGGUUCGAGCGUGCAUGACCCUGAGUUUGACCGCAAAUUUGAUCGGAUGUUUGAAAUUGAGGGAGAAACUGUGGGUGCAGCAUUGUGUAUGGUUGUUUCUAAGAGAGAGAAUGUAGGAAACCAGCAUUGAGAGAAUAACAUCCGAGCGGCACUUCCCGUGUCGAAAGUGCUGAUAAUAACGGUGCCGUCUUCCUGGAACACCUAAUUUACUUGAAGAUUUGAAGGGGGAUAUAAAAGCUAAGUGAUGGAAAUUCAUUCUUCAAAUGUACCUGAAUUUACAUGAAGUUGUACAGGGUCGCUUCCUUGUGCAUUCCUGGAGACUGCACCUUCCUCAUCCUUCAGAAGGCCAGGAGGCCCCAGGGCUCGGCCUGAGUUCUAGGACAGAACUUUGGCUCCAGCAUUAACAUUCUAGUGCUGUGUCAUUUCCCCAAUAGCAGGUUAUAAGCUGGCCAAGCUGUAUGUGAUCCUCUGUUGAAGCAAGAAGACGAACUCUGGAUGGUGGAGAAAGAAGUGUAAAGGAAAUUUGUCCAGAAGCAGCCUGAGAAGAUGAUGAGCAGAUAGAGAGGCAACAAGACUUGGGAGGCAAGUUGCAUCCAGCUCCAGUAAAGUACAGACUGAGGAAAAAAGCAGUGAAUAUAAGAAAAUUGGAAAAAUACUUCCUCUGAUCUCAGACCUUAUAUCUUUUAAGGCAACACCUUUUUCAACUUAACCUAGAAAGAGUUUGAAACACAAUUUAGACUAAGUUGUGUAGGAAAGAAUCAUCAAUUAGUUUGGAAAUCCUGCCACAGCUUACUCCUUGUGGUAAUAACCCCCUUUAGGUGUAAAUCAGUGUGGAAAUGCCUUCAUUUAAAAAAUUUUGAACCCCAUAUGAUAUCAGAGCAUUCAUACUGGAGAGAAAACCUAUGAAUUUACUGAAUGUGGUAAAACUUUCACUCAUAUGUUGCACCUCAUAAAUGUAGAAAUCAGGCUGGAGAGAAACCCUGUGCUUCUAAGGAAUAUUAAAAAGUCUUUAGCUAGAUAACACAUCUCAUUGAGUAGAAGAAAAUUCAUACUGGAGAGAAACCAGUGAAUGUAACAAACUUCAUUUGAGUAUUAGAAAAUUUAGAGUUGAAGAGAAAGCUUUGAAGGUACUAAGUAUGAUAAAGUUUUCUCUUGAACCUUAUUUCUUACUCUGCAUUUGAAAGGUCAUACACACAGAAGCCCUACAAAUGUAAGAAAUGUGGAAAUACCUUCAGCUAAAAGUAAAUUCUCAUUCAUCAAAAAAUUCAUACUGGAGAGAAAUCUUGUGAAUGUGGGAAAGCUUCCAUUCAGAUGUCACACCUCAGUCAGCAGAGAAUUUGUAGUGGGGAAAACCCCUUUGCCUGUAAGGUAUGUGGGAAAGUCUUCAGCCACAAAUCAACUCUCACUGAGCAUGAGCAUUUUCAUAAUAGAGAGAAACCUUUUGAAUGUAAUGAAUGUGGAAAAGCAUUCAGCCAAAAGCAGUAUGUUAUUAAACAUCAAAAUACCCAUACUGGAGAGAAGCUUUUUGAAUGUAAUGAAUGUGGAAAAUCCUUCAGCCAGAAGGAAAACCUUCUUACCCAUCAGAAAAUUCACACUGGAGAGAAACCUUUUGAGUGUAAGGAUUGUGGGAAAGCUUUCAUUCAGAAGUCGAACCUCAUCAGACACCAGAGAACUCACAAAGGAGAGAAGCCCUUUGUAUGUAAGGAGUGUGGGAAAACUUUCAGUGGCAAAUCAAACUUAACUGAGCAUGAGAAAAUUCAUAUUGGAGAGAAACCCUUUAAGUGUAGUGAAUGUGGAACAGCUUUUGGUCAGAAGAAGUACCUCAUAAAACAUCAAAAUAUUCACACUGGAGAGAAACCCUAUGAAUGUAAUGAAUGUGGAAAAGCCUUCUCUCAGCGAACGUCACUUAUUGUACAUGUGAGAAUUCAUUCAGGUGAUAAGCCUUAUGAAUGCAAUGUAUGUGGAAAAGCCUUCUCUCAAAGUUCAUCUCUUACCGUGCAUGUGAGAAGCCAUACAGGUGAGAAACCCUAUGGUUGUAAUGAGUGUGGGAAAGCUUUCUCUCAAUUCUCAACCCUUGCUCUACAUUUGAGAAUACACACAGGUAAGAAGCCUUAUCAAUGUAGUGAAUGUGGGAAAGCUUUCAGCCAGAAAUCACACCAUAUUAGACACCAGAAAAUUCAUACUCAUUAAAAACCUGUGGAUAUCAUGAAAGGUGUUCAUCAGGAAUUUACAUCUCAUGACAUAUCAGAAAUAAUCAUUCUGAAGGAAAGCAUCACAAAUGAGAGAAACAAAAGCUAAAAA